AUGGCGGGAUGUCGGGCCAAAGCUGUCAGCUACCUGGACCCCGUGAAGCUGGGCCCGGGGCUCGCCAGUGGAGGUGUGCGGCUGCUGGGCUCUCCGGGCCGCCCGUGCGUGUGGAGCCGAUCGGAGUUUGUCUUCGUUUAUCAGAGGGACAGCGGCUUGUUACAGAUUGUGUACAGGUUCCCCAGCUCUGUAUGGCAUGUGGAAGUGGACAGUAGACAUGAGCAGUUGUUUGUGCUAUGUGCUGGAAGUGGAAUAUACAACAUAUCAUUGAACCAUAGCCUCGUAGAAGAGACAGAAGCUGGGGAAUCGCUUCUUGCUGCUUCCCAGUCGGAAUGUAACCGUGGGAGCAGUAUGCCUCGUGUCUGUGCUAUCAGUGCUGAGGGAUGCAUCAUCAGGGAUCCUGCCAUCUCCUCCUUCAUUGUGUCAGAUGACAUCAUUGUUACAGUGAUAAAGGAGGCUCAGAAAUGGAGGGUGACCUUCCUCAGACUCCCACCUGCAGGCUGCGAGCUUCAGUCAUGCAGAAAAAUUGAAGACAUAGACUUUGCUUUUCAUCCCAAUUUUCCAACUUGUGAAAAAUCACUCAAAACGACUUCCCAACCAGUGUUACGUUGCAUUUACCCUCAGCCAGUGAAGGAUUCUGAGAAGCAAUUGAGGAACGAUGAUCACAUGUCUCUUGAGCCAUCGCUUUUUAGCCUGCUCUUUAGUGUGGAUGCGAACAUGCUGAAUUCUCCCAUCAUCCUCUUUGGAUUGCCAGAUGGCCAACUUUGCUUUGUGCCAAUCAAAUGCAUGAGCUCUGAGGUCAGAGGUCACGCAUCACGAAUAACAGUGCUGCACCAUCUCGAACAGCCAGUAGUUUUUAUUGGGGCUGUGUCAAUAAACCAGUAUGGGAGUAAUGAUCCUGGACACCAGUCACAAUCGGACAAGCCGUUGAUUCCUGAUGGUGUUGUGGUAAUCGGGAAAGGUGGCAAAAUAGUGAUUAUCAAAGCCAGCCUUCAAAUGGAGAUAUGGUUUCCCAACUUCAUUGAGUAUCACGUUCGAGGGCCGGUCAUCAGUGCCUGUUGCUGUGCUAGUACCCUUUACUACAGCACUAGCUGGGAUUUCUUCAGCAUUGAGUUUGUCCAAAGAAAAACAUCCUGUGAAGUGUCUGGGAGGACAGCAGAUGAGAGGAAUAGCCAAUCAGAUGGUAUUUUGCCAUCCAUCCUUACACCCGUUAGUCUGAACAUCUGUGGAAUUGUUGCUGUUUCCACCCCAUCAUUGACACCCAAUGGUGACCUCAACUUUGUAGCACUGACUGCGAAAGGCAAGGUGAUGACGUGUACUUUACCUUCCAGUUCAAGUGCAGCCAAAAGCAUGAACUUCAAAGCACCUAGCGCAGGGCAACGCAUUAAGGAUCUCCUCGCUGGGAUUGGCAGUGUCACUGACAGAAUCACAUCCCUGAAGCAUGUCAUGCAGCAAAAAGACAAAGCUUUAAAGGGGCUGAACCAGGACUUCAACAUAUGCUGUGGGCUGCUAUCCAGUCAGGAAGAUCAGGAGAAGGGAACGGUGUCUUCGAAACAACUAAUCAGCUGUUGUGUCACUGCAAAGUGGAACCGCUUACUGCUGCAGGAUUCACUAGUUGUUUCUUGCAUUUUGGAGAACUUCAGUGAUUGGCCACUGGAACACAAGUGGUCUCUUUGUGUCAAGGUUAUUAAGCAGACAUCUGCUUUGACCAAAAGCUCGGACAGCACAGCCUUUACUUACAAUUUUCCCAUCACUGAACUUGCACCUGGAAAGAAGAUGGAGGUCACUGUCCCUUUGAACUCUGCGAGUGAUGAUUUUAUUGCAUUUCCUGUGUCGAUUCACUGCUUUCUUUAUUAUAACUUGAACAGUAUUUUGACAGGAAAUAUCAAUGAAUGCCCCUUCCCUCACAGUUCCUUGCUGGCUCCUGGAUGUUCUGAUAAUAAUGGAAUUUGUUUGCCUUUAAACACUCACGUGAUUGAUUUGUUAGAUUGCCUGCACAUUAAUGGAGGAGGAGCAGCUGAAGUGGUACCAGCUCUGAACAUCAACCGCAAAUCCAGAAUAUCAGACCCGUUAAAAAUAUUUCUGCAGUCCUUGAUGUGCUUUGAAGCUGACAACGUUAAAGACAGUGAAAAGUUAAAAGGUUCUUUCAGUGUUCUGGCUAGUGAGAGUACUGCUAAAGAACCUUUCUCAGCUUCCAUCAAGUUGUCACAUGAACUGCUGAAGGCUGUUCUGAAAGAUUUGGGCACAGGAAAUGGUGCAAUGAAUGGAUCUGAUGUCCUUCAGUGGCUGUUCUCUGGCAAUCCUGAGGUGGCAACAGUAAGGAUGCAGCCUCUACCAAUGGUGCACUGUAUUGCACCGGACGCCAGCAGGGUCCGGAUACUCUCAAAGCAGGUUGCCAUUGCCGAUUUCUUUGUUGAUGGACCACUCACUGUCAUGGAAAUUGUGAUGGAAUGUUCUUCGCUAACCACGCUUUGUUUCUUGCAUCAGGCAAUUACACGGCGUGUCCAGAUGCUGUUGGAGCAGAGUUCUCCCAGCAGUGACUCAUUGCCUGGCUUUCGAGUACAGUGUCUAAGACGGCUGAUACACAAUGCUGAGGGCCUGCUUAAAGAGGUGCGGUCGUUGCGCGACCAGUUGUGUGUUGGGGUGGAAAUCAAUAUGAGCGAUACUGUGGCCAAACUUCUGCAGCUAUACGGGCAGCUGAGGAACACUGAUUUGGUUAUCGUAUAACAACUGGAACUGUUCAAACUACCCGAUCUUCUGAUUGUGAGACAAGAAUUCUGGUCUUGAGCCAACCGGACACUGUGUAAUUACAUAAAUGUAGUAAUUGCAGCCCCCUUGGCCAAAGAGCUGGGGUAGUUUGCUUAAGCAGAGUCACUGUACUCUGAAAAUAAUUUGUAAUGGAAAGCACUUUGUCGCAUCAUUGAAACAUCACCGUGUUGUAUAAAAACACAAGAAAUGACAUUGAUGGUCACAGUGAAAUAAUGGAUCAGUGGCAGGUUGGAGGAUGUGGACUGAUGUGUUUCUGCGAUACUUGUGGUCUUUGUACCAUUUGCAUGAAUCUCAUUGUUAAACAAGAGCUUGCAAUUCCUGAUAUUUCACUGUGAUAAAUGGCUCAACAAUGUAAAUGGUAUUGUUGCCACAGACAUGUGAGAGUUAAUAUGGGAAACUGCUUUUAUCAGAUGGGAGAUACAUAAAUGUAACUUGAUA